AUGUUAUCAUUAAACGAAAUCAAGUUUCCAGUCCAUUGGAAUUUAAAACCAAAUCCAACAUCGUAUGUCGAUCAUGUAUACCAAGAAGGUUUGGAAUUUGGUGUAUGGAGACCUGAUAACAAGAGAGAUAUCGUAGCACACAACAAUGUAGUCAGCCUCUCCAAAUUCUUUUGGCCAACAGUCGACUUUGAAAGAUUGGUCAUGGGUGGAGAGUUAAUGCUGUGGUUCUUUACCUUUGACGAUGCCCUUGACUCUGGAAUCUAUGAUGACACCAAGAGUUUGGAAAUUGUCCGUCGUAUGAGUGCCGUAUUCAUGGAAGGAACAUUGUGUGACGAUGCCUCUGGACCCGAAAAGGUUGGCUACCGACUCCGUCAAAAGUGUCUUGAAAUGUGUGGUAAAAGAAGAAGAGAUACAUUCAAUCGUUUCAUUACAAGUUGUGUUCAAUGGAUAGAUUCAAUCAUUCCAUUUAACAAAGUUAAAGAUGGAGGAUCACCACAUAUAGAAUUAUAUUCAUUCUUGAGAAAGAUUAAUAUUGGAGCUUAUCCAUGUGUUACAUUGUCAGAAGUAUUUAUCGAUCAUUAUUUGGAUCAUUCGAUUUGGUCGUCGCCAAGAUGGGUCAAGAUGAAUGAAAACAUUGCCAUUGUUGUAACGCUUAUCAAUGAUUUGGUAUCGUAUGAAAAGGAGGUCAAUGAUAAUGCCGGCGCACUCAAUCCUCUUUAUUUUUUCCAACAACAAAGAAAGUUUAAUCUUCCCGACAGUUACAACCACAUGGUCAACCUCAUCCACUUUUUUGUCCAAGACUACCUCGCCAACGAAGAAUCGUUCCUCAAAUCACUCGAACCAUUUGAAAAUGAAAAGCAACAACAAGACAUUUACUUUAUGCUCGAUCAUCUUCAUUUUCUCAUCAGUGGUUCUAGAAUGUGGUCAAUGCAAACACCAAGAUACUGUUCACCAACCUCUCCUUUUAUUGAAAUGCGUCCUUCAUUUAAUCAAGGCAACUUGAUGUCCAAACUUUAG